CGGAGCGAUUCAUCAGAAACUGUUGAUUAUUAUUUCGAAGCGUUCGUUUUAGCCCUGGUGUGAAAGUCAAAAUGGUUUCAGUUGUGCCUCUAAACGUGUGUUGGAAGACAUCAACGAUGUGAUUUCUCGUGAGGAUUUCUGGUUGACAAAUUAAGGGAAAACACGUUCACGAGUUUGCCUCGAGAGCUACGUGUUGUUAUUGCGUGUGUGUGAGACAUACGCACGCUAGCUCCACCCGACUCGACACCGUUAGCUCAGUCUGGAUUUAUGUUAUGGCUGCUACUCGCAAUGGAUUUACUAAGAAGAACUACAUUGUCGCUGUUGAUGUGGGGACGACGGCAAUUAAAUGCCACGUGUAUGACAAGGAUGCUACUGUAAAAGGAGCAUGCUCGAGAAAGGUGACCCCCCUGUACCCAAAACCGGGUCGGGUCGAAAUGGAUCCGGAGCGAUUAUGGCAGAAUUUUGUGGCUGUGAUAAAGGGGGCCGUUGAAGAUGCAGGCCUGCAAAUGAAGCAGAUCCAAGCCCUUGGCAUAUCCACUCAAAGAGGCACCUUCACCACGUGGGACAAGAAGACCGGAGUACCUUUUCACAACUUCAUCAGUUGGCAAGACCUAAGAGGCGCUGACCUGGUUACCUCCUGGAACGAGUCUCUGACAAUGAAGGUUGUUCAUGCUGGGUCUUCGCUGCUGCAUCUGAUCACCAGGCAGAAGACCUUCUUGGCAGCCAGCAUCAUGAUCUUCUCCCCCCAGCACGUCACCUUCCGCCUGGCUUGGGUUCUGCAGAACUGCCCUGAGGUUCAGAAUGCCGUGAAAAAUGGAACUUGCUGCUUUGGAACCAUUGACACCUGGCUGCUUUAUAGACUGACAAAGGGAGCUGUGCAUCUGACUGACUAUUCCAAUGCCAGUGCCACUGGAGUGUUUGACACGUACCAGAUGUGCUGGAGUGGACUCCUGUGUGGCCUCGUCUCUCUUCCUCUCAGCAUCUUCCCUGCAGUGGAGAACACAGGCCAUUUCUUCGGAUGUACAGAUGAAAGCAUCUUUGGCGUGCCUAUUCCCAUUAUGGCCUUGAUGGCGGACCAGCAGGCGGCCAUGUUUGGAGAAUGCUGCUUUGAUAAGGGAGAUGUGAAGAUCACCAUGGGAACAGGCACCUUCAUGGACAUCAACACGGGAAGUGAACCCCACACCUCCUUCACAGGUUUGUACCCAAUCGUGGGCUGGAAGAUCGGCUCGGAGCUGACGUACCUGGCAGAGGGCAAUGCGGCAGACACUGGCACUGCAAUCAAGUGGGCACAGGAACUGGAGCUCUUCUCCGAGGUGGAGGAGACGGCGGGGAUGGUGACUGCGCUGAAGGAUUCUGAUGGUGUGUGUUUCGUGCCCUCCUUCAGUGGCCUACAGGCACCUUUGAAUGACCCAGGGGCCUGUGCCUCCUUCAUGGGCCUGAAACCCUCCACCACCAAGUCCCACUUGCUGCGGGCCAUCCUGGAGUCGGUGGCCUUCAGGAAUAAACAACUUUACGACAUAAUGAUGCGGGAAACAAAAAUACCCAUUACAAAUAUAAGGGCAGAUGGAGGUGUGUGCUCCAACGACUUCAUCAUGCAGCUGACAGCCGACUUGUUGGGCAGGAAGAUCGAUAGGCCCAGUCAUACAGACAUGUCCAGCCUGGGGGCUGCGUUUGUCGCCGGCCUCGGAUCCGGCUUCUGGAAGAGCCAAGAGGAGCUGAAGGGGCUGAGGUGCACCGAGCGAGUCUUCCUGCCCAGCACGCUCUCCCGGGACCACGUCUUCACGCUACACAGCUGGGAGAGGGCUUUGCGGCGCUCCAUGCACUGGUACAGCCACGCCUGAUGGGGGAGCUGUCCUCUUUGCCACACACACAGUUCUCCAAUGAACCCUGACCACAUGCAGUGCACUACUGAGGGGGGUCGUCGUCGUUGUUGGCCUACAGCGUCACGGUUCAGUUUACAUUCCCAGAAACCCCCCUCGAGAUGAAAUUGUGUCUUUGGUGUCAAAUUGAUGGACGAUCACCCUUUUUGUGUGCCAUACGGACAGAGUGGCAUAUCGUAGUAUGUACGGUACUUAUGUUUCUUUUUCCACAGUUUACUGUGGAACAGGGAACGAACAAAGAUCAAGGUCCUGGUGUUCUUAUCAGUUGGUGCUAGUUUUUAAAUCAACUCAAUUAAUAGUAUUUUAUAUAUCGAUUGUGGAAGGAGUGGCUCUAUUUUCGUGUGAGAGAAAAAAGAACCAUGUUUGGGUUUUUUUUGCCUCCACCUAGUGAUAUAAAGUAGAACUUGUCAUGUUGAAAUGCACAAACAUGAAUGAGAGCGGGGCUGCAGCCUGAGAAUCCUGCCCAUUUAGGACAGGACACUGCCAUGGCCUCAUCCCAUAACAAGAUUACCUCAUCCCGCAGCCUCUCGGUAACAGAUACAGUGCCUUGCCUUCAUUAGAUUUGUGUGUGUGUGUGUGUGUGUGUGUGCGU